GGGCGGCGGGGGCCGGGACCGGGGCGGCGCCUGCGCUGGGCCGCAGGGAGCAGCGGGGCUGCGGCGGAGGGCGGGCGAGCGGCGACACCACCACUUCCACAGCCAUGGCCGCGGCGAUGUGGCAGAGGUUCGACCGCUUCCUGCACGAGAAGAACUGCAUGACCGCCGUGCUCGAGCGCAUCGAGGCCAAGACCGGCGUCAGCCGCACCUACAUCGCCACCGGCAUCCUCGGCGCCGUGGCCGUGUACCUGGUAGUGGGAUACGGGGCAUCCCUGCUCUGCAACAUCAUCGGCUUCGGCUACCCCGCCUACGUGUCAAUCAAGGCCAUUGAAAGUCCCAACAAAGAUGAUGACACACAGUGGCUGACUUACUGGGUUGUGUAUGGCGUUUUCAGUAUAGCUGAAUUCUUCUCUGAUAUCUUUCUGUCCUGGUUCCCUUUCUACUACAUGAUGAAGUGUGGCUUCCUCCUGUGGUGCAUGGCUCCAAGUCCUUCUAAUGGAGCAGAAUUCCUCUACCAUCGGAUUAUCCGGCCUUUCUUCCUGAAGCACGAAGCUCAACUGGACAGUGUUGUUAAAGACCUGAAAGACAAGGCUGCAGAGACUGCAGACACCAUCACUAAAGAGGCCAAGAAAGCAACAGUGAACUUACUUGGUGAAGAAAAGAAGAGCACUUAAACUGGAUAAAGUUUCCCUACCACCUCCUUUGUGAAGCUUGAUGUUACUGGGAACUGUGGUAUAAGUUUAAUAAUAUUGCCUUGGAAACAUUUUGAUAUAUUAAAGGAAUGUGUUGUAAGUUUACUUACUACUUUGCUGUGUCUGAUAGAGAGUAUGCAUUUUUAUUUAAAAGCAAUGCAGUGGGCAGCAUCUGAAGCUUAAUGAAAAUAUUUUCUUCAUCUUCAUGCAGAGGAAGUCUUUCAGUAAUCUCUUUCUGCAGUAACGUAAAUAAAAAGUAUAUAUUCCUCAGGCUCUGCACUUUAGUUGUUUCUUUGUCUAUGAAAUGACUCUUAACACUUUGACUGUGGUACAUCUGGUAGCACAAAGCUGUUUUAUAAGGAGAAUACUAAUCUGAAUGGAUCUUCUCAAAUAUACAGGGAAUUAUUGUUAGAGGUGGCGUAAUGGAUGUAUUUCCCACCAGUAAAGCUGUAAAUUAUGAAAUUACAUGUUCUAAGCACCUGAUAAUAGAGAUUAUUCACCACUGCAUGUUUUGUUGUAACACAGUAUUUGGCACAGUUGUGUGUAUUCUUCAAUGGAUAAAUACUAAAUAUAGGAAAGAAUAACUUCAUUGAAGUGAUUUAGCUUAUAUUAGUGUAAUUUGCUAGAAAUAGAUGCACUAAGUUGCAAAGAUUAGCACAAGAUGACUAAAGUACAACUCCUUGCCUAUUCUUGCUAAAUAAAGUUGUCCUCUAAAAUUGUUAAUAGAGCUCCUUUUCAGAUCACACUCAAAAAAACACAAACCACUUUUUGCCAAGGAGUGAUACCAUUAAAAAUAAUUUUUCCUGAAUUCUCAUUAAAAUGUCGACUGCCUUAGGUGUCAGUCUUCAGAAAUACAUUAAUGGGAUGGACUGAGCUUUUUCUGCUUAUGAAAAUCUUCAGUCUCUUCUGACUGUACUAAGAACAACUUUUCAUGAGCACUAAAACUUCCUGAAUACAGAUGCUUUUGUUGCUACUUGACAUAGUCCUGGCCAGUCAGUAAGAGUGCAACCAAAGUUGUUAAGAGAAUAAGGGGAUUUUUUACAAUCAGUGUAAAAGAAUACAUAUAUAUAUAUAUAUAUAUAUAUUUUAGAUUCACGUCUGCAUUUACUCUUUCACAGUGCUGGUUUUUUUAAACAAAUUCAGCCUGAGUUACUGAAAUCUCCCUGUUCUCAUCUCCAUUCUGGUGUUUCUUUAAAGCCUACAGUACUGAUAUGGCAGUUCUUAAGUCACAGAAUAUGCAGAAGGGAAGCUUAAGCUUUUAGUGUGAGAAAAAGUGAUUUACAGUCCAUGACCUUGAAUUCAAAAGAUUCAAUCUUAAAAUAAACUUCUGAAGACUUUUGGCUUUCUGCAACAAGUUAGUGUAGCCAGAACUGCAAAACAGUGAAGCACACAGUGCAAGGCAGCAGAUCAGUUUUAACUUUGAGAGAUAUAUUUUAUAAGGAGGGAUGUAAAAGUGUCCUAAGAGAAAGCAUUUCAAGCUUUAAGCUGGAAAACAGCCCUUAGAGCUUCCAGCUUGGAUAGGGAACCAUAUGUAAGAUAUCACAGCUAGUCAUUCCAAGAAAACUUUUUGUUAGGAGGGGAUAUGCUGAAGAGGAUAAAGUUUACAGCAAAGUUGUAGAUGUAAACAUGUAAAAAGUCUGAAGUGACUCACCAUUUAACUGGUUUAAUUUCUUGUCUUAUCUUCCUCUGUUGUAAACCCACUGAACUUUUCUGUAAGCCUCACUAAAUCCUACUCCUGUGUUUUAAACAUGAUCAGCUAUCAAGUGGCCAUUGGAAUUUAGUUUCACCUCUUGAAAUAAGAAGUAAGUAGGUAAAAAGAAAUUAAGAUACUUAAUAGUCUAUUUGAUUUUGGUGCAAAGCACUACAUAAUUUACUUAUCUAAAAGCUAUUUUGGAGUUUACAAGCCUAAUGAGGUCUGUAGUAGAGACGGGACUUACUUUUCAUUUCUUAUACUACUCAGCAGUUCUUCCACUGUUAUUAUGGGGAUAAAAAGUUCUAGAUAAGUGUUAGGUAAGUGCUAAAACAGUCCCUUGCAUCUCUCUCAGCACUUAACUGGUUUUAAAUAAACUUCUUGUCUUUACAACUUGAUAUUACCAGCAUGUAUAUUUAGUGCUCUUUUGUCAGAUUUCUACUUGAAUUAGAAACACAAUCUGUUGUUAACAGAACUUGAUCUUGGUUUUUUGCCUUGAUGCAAGUAGAAAUGACUGAAUUUCUGCAGCAAGUUAUCCUUUCCUGCAAGUAACUCCUGCAAUCCACUGGGCUGGCCCUGCAGAUCAGUGCUUUUCUUUGUGUCUUCACAACAUUUAAGUGCAAAUGUUAGUACACAGACCUACUCCAUGUCUAUGCUGAAGUUGUAACGUGCUAAAUAAAAAUGGACACAAAUAAAGAUAAUCUUAUGGGACUAGU